AAAGGUAUGGCUGUCUCACUGCGGCCGCCAUGGCAUAGACCCUUUGACACGUGCCCUGCGUAAUGUGCUCUUUAGGGCAAAUGACUCAGAGCCUUCAAACCACCUUUAAGGGAGGUAACAGAUUGCAGGGCAUCUACUUCCAAGUGGAUGUCUUAGAUGACAUCAACCUGGUGAGCCUCACUGGAAGCUUUGCAGAUGCCGGGCAUGUCUAUGUGCACAUCCGUACCGGCGUCAUAGGAGAGCAAGUUGGAGGAACUUGGCGGCUGCUGCAGUCCACCCAAGUGGAGAGUGGAGGGCAAAAGAACGUGCCCAUCGGGCAGGUCUUGGUGCGCGGCAGUUACACCCUCCAUGUGGCGUGCUCGUCUUCCAUCAUCUAUUCAGAUGCCGUGUCCAUUCAUGACGUGUUGGCUCAGGAUGACAACGUGGUGAUCUACAAUGGCUGGGGGACGGCUGACUGCGACCGAAUCCCUUUGGACCGGGACUACUCCGGAUGCCCUUGCCGUAGCUGGAAUGGUAUCGUGGAGUACCGCUGUGAGGUGGAAUCCGUCUACCGAGACCAACAUCUGCGGCGCCUCGUCGCGGUGAUGCACCAAGAUACCGACUUUGCGGAUGUGGAGAUCAAAUGUGGAAAUCAAAGUUUUCCGGCGCAUCGCCUCAUCCUGGCCUCUGCCUCACCAGUCUUUGCCAAGAUGCUACAGACAGACAUGAAAGAAGCACGCACGCGAACCGUCCUUAUUGAGGACGUGGACCCAGAGGUGGUGGCUAAAGCCUUGCCGCCUCUACCAUCACCCAGUGGAGUUCCAGAAAGCUUCAACUGGGCCAAGGGCUAUGUGAACAAGUUGGGGCUGGUUCAUUUGGCAGACUCCUGCCGUCUGGCGGGUGUUCAGAAAGCUUUGGCAGAGGAGUUGGGCUUUGAGCCUGUGACGACCAGUGUGAGUGAACCGGUUUCCUGGAAACAGAACUUCAUGUUCGACAACCACCCCGGGACCAGUCCCUUGGUUGCCCCAAUCGAUUUCAUGCUCUAUGGCCGAAUGGACGACGGUGAGCCUAUCGGAUUGUCCUUGAUUCCUGGAUACUCAGUCUCAGUGGAAAAGCUAGAGCUGCUCGCCAGCAUGAUGUCGCAUUUACUUCUUGCUGUUGAUGUCCUCAGCUUGAAGGUGAAGCGUUUUACGCAGAACGGAUCAGAAGUAUAG